UCUAAUUUCAUCGAUAUAAUUUUGCUUGAAAGCUUUGUAUUUUCAUAUAGGCUAUUAGAGGCACCGUGCACAGACAGCAGGGUGUGUAGGUCCCGCCUGCAUUUCCCCCUUGGCACAAUCCCUUUUCGACGCGGCGCCCCCGUCUGGGGAUUGGAGCUGUGGCUUGUCAGUAAAUUAGCCCACCCUCUGAAUAUUACAGUGAGCAAUAGGCUACUGGGGAAAAGCUGAGCCAGACAGCGAGACAGUGAGUAAAGGGAUAACCAGGCUACACAAGGACGCGGUAAGAGCGUCAACUUGCAGUGAUGGAGGGGGAAAUGCAACCUGCCGACGAGGGGCUCUGCGCCCCGAAGAUGUGCCGACAGGAGCGGGGUCCUUACAGCAGCCUCAAGAUCUUCCCGAAUAAGCGGUCAACGGCAAAGGCGCGGUUCGACAGACCUACAAUGGUUGACAUGCCGCUGCUGGGAGACGGUGGCGGAUAUCAAUACCCUCAUAAUCUCAAUCACCAUCCGUAUCAGCGGCAGCAGCAGCUCCACCAAACCUCCCUCGUCAUAAGCAGCAGCAGCCAUCAACAUACACCGCAGCUGCAACAGCGUUUCCCGUGCGAUAACAGGCCCAGCAGCAGAGUCGCGACAUCUACCUCAGCAACAGUGGGGAGUGUCGCGGCAGCAUCACUUGGCAUCCAGCGGAAGGUCGGAAGCAACACAGCGGUGCGCCAGGACCCCACGUAUUCGCCUGGACGAGCCGCGCUCAACCACGAAUCUCCAGAUUGCAGUUAUGGAAUAAGCUCAGAAAACCGUCUCAUCUUGGAUGCCUUUGCGCAGCAGUGUAGCCGGGUCCUCACUCUCCUAAACAACAAUGGCCGGUUUGUGGAGCCCCAGGCUCCUCCUCCCUCCUCUCUUACCUCUGACAUCAAGCAGGAGGACGGCUGCCUCCCUGGAGGGGAUUUGAGGCCAGUUGCGGGUCAGAGCAGUCACUUCCCCACCCUGAGCAAGGCCAGGCCAGAGGAAAACUCCACUGUUGACCCUGACGAUGAAGCUCAGCGCAGCCACUGGAGCCAACAACAAACAUCCGCUUUCUUGCGAAUUUUUACAGAGUCCCUCCAGAGCUACCUGCUCAGUGGGCCCCAGCAGUCCCACCCUGGCUUGGGCGUCGAGGGGGAGCAAAGCCCGCCGGCUGAGCCUGAGUCUGGGGUGUCACCUGGCCACAACCUGAGAGGCUGGAGCUCCCCAGCUCCAUCAGAGUCUUACGGCCACCCAUCAUCCACCUUACCAGAGGAGGAAGAGGAGGAGGAAGAAAGCUGCUGCCCUCGCUGUGUGGAGCUUGAGCAGGAGGUGCUGUGUUUGCAGCAAGAGAACGAGGAGCUACGUAACAAGCUGGACAAUAUACCGGCCCCCUGCCAGAAUGUUCUGGACUUCUUCAAGACUGUUCUUCAGUACCAUAACCAGUUUAUACAGCCCAUGCCAGAAGAGCAACUGACAGAGGAAGAAGAACGGAAAACAUUAUUUGAGGAAGAAGAACGGAAAACAUUAUUUGAGGGAAGUAAACAGCUUCUGGGGAACUAUCCCCUCUUCAUCACUAAUAAGCAGUGGGACGAGGCAGUCAACUCGUCCAAGAAGGAUGGCAGGCGUUUGCUGCGCUACCUGAUACGCUUCGUCUUCACCACAGAUGAGCUCAAGUAUUCAUGUGGUCUGGGAAAAAGGAAGCGCUCAGUUCAUUCAGGAGAGCCUGGCCCAGAGAGACGUCCCCUCAAUCCUGUCAAAGUCACUUGCCUCAGAGAGUUUAUCCGUAUGCACUGUGCUUCCAACCCAGACUGGUGGAUGCCUUCUGAGGAGCAGAUCAAUAAAGUAUUCAGUGACGCGGUGGGCCAUGCACGCCAAGGACGGGCAGUGGGCACCUUCCUUGGCAGUAGUGGGAGCAGCACCAGCAGCCUUUACAUAGAUACUUACGACGGGCACUUGUCCCAGGACGAACUGUAUCUGAAGGGCUCUCACAAUGGCCUGGGGGAUUGAAGAGAGAUGGAAUCAAGAAUUGGCCGGGAUUAAUUUAGAGGUAAACUAAACAGCAGACAGUGCGCCUUAUAAAGGCAAAUUUCCCCCAAAAUAUUGUCAAAUUACCCAUAAAAGUGCAUUAAGGGCUUUAUAGUGCACUGCUUUACAACAACCUUGGAUAUAAUCCCGGCCAUGAUUUUCCAUCAGGUAGCAUACAUUUUACGUGAUGCUAGUGUGAAAUGGCCUGCCAGUUAGCGAUGUGCGCUAGCAAAGAUUUAACCGGAGACGUCAUUAUCUCUGAGUAGUCAUUUACCUUGCUCUGCAAGGGCCAUGGCUUUUGUGGAGCAAUAAGUAAUGAUGCUUUGUGGGUGACUGUUGUCAAUUCGAUGUGUUGUCAAUGUGUGCAGAGGGUCUCUGGUUCCACCCAAGAUUGGGGCAAGGAGAGGAGUCAAAGCUGCACUGUUACACUAGUCCUUUGACUGGUGAGAACAAAUCUCACACUAUCUGACGCAAGACAAUAAGAAUGAAGAGGACUCUAGAACUCUAGACUGGCACUUACCUGCUAUACUUCCCUAAUGCUACAGAGCAGAUCAAGGAAGGAAAUAGCUUUUAAACAACAUUCCAGAGGAUGUAGUCUCCUCCCUAUUUAACUUGCUAAAGCAUAUUUUUUUGGCAUAUAUUUUUGUUGAUUUUUUAUUUAUUUAUUAAGAGGUUUAUGUGGUUACAAAGGUGUUUUUUGCUUAAAUGUGCCAAUGUUGAACAUACAUGUAUUAGGUUACCGCAGCCAAAUUUUGUACAAGUUCUGUUCAACAGAUUGUAAUACAACAAUGCUAAUUUUACUCAGUCUUCCUUCUGCCAUUGCUUUGUGGAAAAGUUGGUUAAAAGCUACAAAUAUAGAAAUUUUUGCCAAGGCAGCUACAGAAAUUUGGUACUGUUUGUAGCUGGUUUCUUACCAAAUUACAACAAUUAUAAUGUUUUUGAAAGACAGUUACAACAGUUUCCAUUUGCUAAAAAAGAGACAUGCCAUGAAUAUACUGGAAUGUGCUAUGAUGUGGUGGUUAUUAUGAUAUUUUUAACAAGAACAUGAAUAAUGAAACUGGGACAUAAUCCCUCCCUUAUAUAAAAGCCUAUUUCAGGCCUACUUUAGACAGAACUCUGACACUCAGACCCAUAUGGUACAGAGCUGUGGCCUAUUGGUCCUGGUAACCAGUUGCUAAAAAUCGUACAUUUGAAAUAUCUCCAAACAGUAGCAAUUGAUUGUUUCUCUAAAUACCACCUGCAGUCAAUGUAUUUUUUGUUUUUCUAAAUCGUCACUUUCUGUUUAAUCACUGUGUAUGAUCUUAAUCACUGUGUGUUUUUUAUUUAAUGAAAAAUAACUUUAAAAUAUAUUUUCAAUUAUUUAGAGCCUCCUUUUGCCCUUGAAAUGUGUGGUCUGAUAUUGUGGGUGUUUACAAAACUAAUUUGAUUUACAUAUACAACCUUGAUCACUGGAUUGGUCUAGAGCCCACCUUCUCACCCAGAUGAUUGUUUAUUGGUCUAUUAUAAUUUGAACACACUGUGACAUCAUGAUGUGGGCCAAAGUUCCAUGACAACUGACCAGGUUUAAAUUACUGGCAUUUAUUUCAACAUCUUUUACACAAAAGUGUAUUAUAAUAAUUACAGAAAAUCAUUAUUUCGACCUCAUAGUGUAUAAACAAAUAAAAACAUAAAAAAUAUGUUUUUAACUACACUGCCCCUUCAAAAAAAAAAAUAUCCCUGGUAGAUUGAGAGCUAUUGCUGUUUUAAUGGAAGGGGGUGCAGCUCAGUUUUUCUGUCUGGCAGUGCACAGGGACGUUUGAAUGAAAAAGACAAAGGUGAACCAAGCAUUGUCCCCUUCAUUAUCAACAGCAUCCCUAGAUCAUUUUGAGUUUGGCUACAGCCAGGAGAAUUAAAUACUUUUCUUAAUGGC